UGAAUGCAAUAUCUGUGAAAGAUUUAACAGGAAAGUAAAUUUUCACCAUGAAAGAAGUAGUGUUUUAUUACGAUGUCGUUUGCCCAUUCGCCUACAUGGCGAGCAGACUCAUAGAAGGUGUUGCAAGCCGAAACGGGGCUAAAAUUCUGUGGAAACCUGUUCUGCUAGGUGGCCUGUAUAAGGGAACACAGGCACCCCAAGGUGCAGCAGGAUCUGCUUAUGACUCUAUGAGUGCGGCUAAAAUUAAGAUAUUAGCAGAUGAUUUAAAGAGAUCAAAACUUCACUAUGGGAUUGAAGGGACAGCUCCAUCUGAGCAUCCAAUAAAGACACUGAAUCCAAUGCGUCUCUUAGCUGCAGCAGCCCAUGCAAAUCAAGAUGUGUGUGUCCCAUUAACACAUAAGCUUUUUGCUGCAUAUUGGGUUCAAAACAAAGAUGUGCGAGAGAGCAGUGUUUUACAAGAAAGUGCCUCAUCAGUUGGCUGGCAAGUUGACAUUGAUGAGAUGAUUGGUGGGUUGGGGAAAGAGAAGCUUCUGCAGAAUACCCAGGAGGCUUUAGACAGAGGUUCCUUUGGUGUGCCCAGUUUUUGGGUGAACAAUGAACUCUUCUUUGGAGUGGAUCAUUUACAUUUUGUAGAGAGAGCUUUGGGAAAUAAAUCAGCUGCCCCACCAAGGUUUCAUCCAACCCCUACUGAACCCAGAAAAUCUAAACUGACAAUCUACCAUGAUUUCUCCAGUCCUUGGAGCUAUAUUGGUUCAACACAGAUUUCCAAGUUGCUGACAGAAGUUCAUCCAGUUUCAGUUGAGGUUGAAUGGGUGCCAAUUUCGGUUGGAGCUUUGUUUAAGAUGAUAGGAACACCAGUGGUUCCGAUGCGAACGCUCAGUGAAGCAAAGAGAGAAUAUGGAAACAAAGACCUACAAGAUUGGGCAAAAUAUCGUGGGAUUCAGUUCCAAUUUACAUCCCACUUUCCCAUUCGUUCCAUUCUUCCACUGAGAGUGACGCUAGCAAACCCAGAUGACCGACUACGACAAACUAUGUAUGAAGCAGGGUGGCGGUAUGACAGGGACAUUGGUGAUCCUAAGGUUUUGUCUUCAGUUCUGACCGAAGCUGGGUUCGAUGGCGAAGCGUUGAUAGCAGCGACUCAAGAUCAACAGAUCAAGGAUCAAUUGCGGAAAAACACAGACAGAGCCUUUGCCACCGGACUCUGUGGAGUUCCGAGCUAUCAAGUAAACGAUGGAUCCGUUUUGUGGGGUCAAGACAGACUUAAUGUUGUCGCCGACCUGCUUUGUGGUUGGGAAGACCACUUAAAGCCAUCCAACCAUAGCAAGCUUUAAACAGCGCGGUUGCUCUGUCCAAAACAGAAUAAAAACUCAUUGCUUAGCGUAAAGUUUAUGUUUUCGUUGAAGAUUUGAUCCUUUAGACUUAUGGCACACAACUCAAGGACGAUAUCUAAGGAAACCAGCCGGCCAUUUCGAACAUUCAUGGACACUCCAUGGAAAGUCAAAAUGUUUUCAAAGAAAACAGUUUUGAUUACUAUUCAGCGCUGCAAUGUACACUUUCCUUUCUAAAGUAACUCAGAAAAUACGAUGUAAGAUAACUGAUUAUGCCGGCGUGAAAACCGUAACUAGAACGUUUCCAAGUUCCGGUGCCCUAUGUGCCUCUUUUCGUAUCACCCAGAUGUAUUCGGACGGUAUAUUUGAACACAUUUGAGGUAACUAUGUGAAGCAUUUAAAACAGUGCAACUCAAAAGACAAGCUUCAAUGGUUUUUUUCUAAAAGAAAAAGAAUAUCGGAUUAUUAAACUUAUCAGUGGGAGGAAUUCGCCAUAAAGUCUGCUCACGAGACACCGCAACAACAACAACAUAUGUACGGUAUCACACUGUGCUACGGGGCAAAAAUACGAACGGAACGUUGGGAAACCAAAUGGCCACACAAAACGAUCCAACUUCGGUUUUAUUCCAUUCUAUUGGACUUGACGUUUAAAGCAAGGAGCUUUCAAACGCAUGAUAAUCUUGUUUUGUUGGUGAUAAAAAAUACUUCAAUCAGUGGUUUCACUUUUAGUUUUUUCUCUCACGCUGGCUGCAUUCGAUCGAUACUAUGCUCAGAUAGACAAAAGGAUAUAUUUAGAAAAAUAGUGGCCAAAAUAAUCUAUAACGGGAAUAAAUAGUAGAGUAAUAAACGCCUUAUUCCGCAAGGGAUUAACACAUAAUACGAGUGGGCAUUUCGCUCAUUGCGCAACUCGCAAAAUACUCCAAGUAACAUUUGUUAAACCACCGAACAAGGUGUCUUAAUUUCCCUAUUGGGGUUACGCCUUACGUCGGCUGGCAAUUUUAAGUGUUCCUGUCUAAGUUGCAUGAUAUUGUUAUUAAAAGGCAAAAAAUAAGAAUACCAUGGAAAACUUGAGGCUAUUUCAUUGCUUUUGCUAUAGAUAUAGAUAAAUAGAGAGCUUUUAAAUUGCUGAAGCUAAAAAUUAAACGAUAAAAAAUCUCGUCAUUGCAUAGAUUUGCUGUCGAUAUUUGCACAUGUACAUGGUAAAAGUUGCGAAAGUAGGGCACAUCUCUUACAAUCCUCUCGUGCGUACGAGUAAAAAUUCAGUUACCGCUGCGUGGCUCAAGUUAAGGAAGGCCAAAUAUUUGUCACUAUGAAAUUGCUGAAGUACAGCAAAUAGAAGUA